CUUUCAGUUAGCACGCGUAGCAAGAUAGGCUGUAUUCUUUAAUUCAUGUCACAGAGUACUUGGAAAUAACUAUUUCUAAGGAUCCGCGAGGCCGAGGAGGAGGAGGCUCGGAAGCAGAAGGAGGCGGAGGAGGCGGCUCGGCGGGAGGAGCAGCGGCGGGAGCAGAAGCGCCAGAGGAAGGAGCAGCUGAGGGCCACGGGAGCUCUGCUUCAGGAGCUCGACCAAACGAUGGAGCUCACCAGGGACAGGAUCAUGGAGGAAGAGGAGUGGGAGCGGAUGAUGCGUUGCGACGGCCUGCCUGACCCGACGAGCGUGCCCGAGAUGAACCGAUACCUGAGUCUGUGGCAGGCUGACCCCGCGUCCGCCACGCUCGAGGGCGCCCUCGCCAAGACCGAUCAGGUGAUACACGUAAUAUCAGAGUUGGAGAAUGUCAUGGAGGAAACGAGGGACGCGACGGAGAAGCAGCUCAGGGACUGGAAGGAGAUCUGGCUCGAGCUCCAGGAGGCGCAGAAGGGGAAGCUGGACCAGGCGACCUACCACCAGUUGCUCGACCUCCGCCCUCACCUCGACCACGAGACGAUGGUAUAUUCCUUCUUCACGUCUUCUCCUCUGGUGUCCCUCGCCCUCUGGAGCAACACAACGCGGUCGCCGAAAAAUAAUAAUCAUCAGGUGAAGGAACUGGGCUUCACCUUCACCUUGCCAGCGGACUUGUCAGAGGCGGAGUGCGUGGUGCGCGUCAUGAGGACGGAGUACGACCACUACUCCAAGUUCGCGCGGACCUACAACCCGCCGCUCGUCCCCGAGACCUGCGGGGACCUCAUUGAUGAAGAGGAACCGGAAGAAACACCGAGAGAAGAUCCUCCGGCAGACAAAGAGAGCAAAGGCGACAAAGACAAAGACAAGGACAGCGACAAGGACAGCAAGGGAGCCCCUCAGACGUCCACGAAGAAGGCGAAGCCGCCGCACUACACCGACACCGCCGCCGGAGAACUGAACCUCCGUCGGUACCGCGUUCAGGGCGGCGUCUACACCGUGGACCUGCUGGAGGUGCCCCCGCAGCCCCGGGUUCUGGCGGACUGCACCAUUACUCAGGUGGAGGAAGUGUGCACCGUGUCCAAGGUGGAGUGGGUGGCGCAGUACAACCCGCCCGCUCCUGCCGAGGCGGGCGGGCAGCGGCGGCGCGACCCGGAGGCCGUGGAGCAGGAGAUGAGGCAGCUGGAGAAAGAGAUGAAGAAGCUGCUCCUGAUCACGAUCAAGUUGCCAGACUCCGCCUUUUGGUUCGAACCUCCUCAGAUGGUGUUGUGGGACGAGAGCAAACGUUGCUGGUCGACUGAUUACUUUCACGACGUCAAGUACAACGAAGACCAGUGCGUCAUGCAGGUGCGCACCAUGCGGUUGGGCGUGAUGGGCCUGGCCAUGAACCGCUACGCCAACCUGCCCUUCCAGAGCUGGGAACUGAAGCCGAAGGGCGCGUCCUCGGUGUCGCUCACCCUCAUCGCCGCCGUCGUCGUCGCCGACUUCACCAUCACGGAAGGUCAGGUGUGUCUGGCUAACCUGCAGGACGGCGCCCGAACAGCCCUCUCGCACCUGUACGGAAAGAACAUGAAGCCGGGGGCGCUCAUUAAGACGCUACAGUUCUACGGCAUCAACUUGUUCCCGGACCGCGAUUCCUACUGCUACAUCGACGGGCUCCCGACCAAGCACCGCCCGACGGAGCAGCACCUGUACAGGUGCAUGGCCCUCGUCGCCCCGGCCGUGCACUUCGCCUGGAGCAGGUGGAACCUCCUGGCGGGGAAGACCAAGCUCGUGUUCCAGAUGAAGACGAAGAAGAUGGUGACGGAUGAGAGUCAG